AGUUUAUCUAUUGUUGAAUUUUAUACUUCCAAGAAAUGAAUUUUGUCAUUUGUCGUUCAUUAAACCGCAAUUCGAAAGAAUAUCAUCAGUAUUGAGAUUCUUUUGAAAUAAAAGAAACAUCUAUGCAAGAAGAAGAGCAAAACACAUUUUUUGGGUGUUAUAAAUGCCCAAAUAAAGUAUUUAGUAAUGCAAGGUCCCUAGAAGUACAUAAAUUCAAACAUGAAAAUCCUGAAUUUACUGAAAAGAACAUAAUUGAAAAACUACCUGUUAUACCAAAAUUUGUACAGCUCACAUCAUAUCCUGAUAUAUUAAAGAGAGACAAUGUGUUAAGUGGCGUAAGAAAACAAAAUAAGCCAAAAGAAAUUCCUUCAACCUUACCAGAAAUUAUACAGAAAUUAUUAGAAAAAAAAAUAGUUAACAUUCAUUGGUGCUGUAAGUUCUGUGAUCUUGAUAAGUUUCUCACUGUACAUAAAGCAAAGAUACAUGUAGAUCUGAACCAUUCAAAUUUGAUGGAAGCUGAUUUAAUUAAACACACUCGAAAAUGCAAAAAUAAAAAAGUAGUCAAUAAAUGGAUUUGCAGAGUAUGUGGCUCAUCUACUUAUGAUGAGAAAAAAAUUGCACACUGUUAUAAAAAACAUAGUGAUUUAUUUGAUAAUACAAAUCCACUGAUAAAAUCUAAGAGGCUAUUUAUAUCCUUGAUAUUCAAACAAUACCAUUGCUUGCUUUGUAAAAUAGAUGUUCAAAAACCCAAAUCUGUUCGUAACCAUAUGUCUCAAAAACACGUUAAUAUUUUUAGAGAAUACUUUUGGUGUCCCAAGGGAUCCCCAUUUACUGAAAGUCAGAGUGAAUAUACUGAUGGUGACAAUAUUAUAGUUAAAAAUUUAUUGAGUAAAAUGGGGAUUACAAUUUUCAGCAGAACAUCAGGUUUACAGAGAUAUAAGUUGAAGCAGCUACCAAAGGUGGUGCAUAAUUGUGCUCUAUGUCCACAUACAAUUAUCUUUCUUGAAGAUCAGAUACCUUAUCACAUGUGGUCAAAACAUGGUCUUAAAGAAAACUAUUAUAAAUUGGUAACUUCUAUUCCCACAAGUAUAAUAAUGGAUUUUUCAAGUACUGAAACCAAUAUUUUCAACUGUCCCUGUCAGUACACAACUUUUAGUAGGGAAAUACUGUCAUUGCCGGUAAUAAACAUGUCAUUCAAAAAUAAUCCUGCAGCUGACAAAGUUAAUGCAGAAACUAAGUUAAUGUGGAUCUAUAAAUCUCAGUUUGUUUACCACAACAAAUAUAAAUUAAUAAUAAGUUCAAAAUGCAAAGAAAAGGUUAAAAGAGUUCCCCAACAUUAUGUUUAUGAAACAAUAUCACAGGAAAACAGUAACCCUAUUUUAAUAAUCGACGACAAUAUAGCAAAAGACGAUGAAAAAGUUACUGAAAUUAACAAUCCCAAUGAACUUUCUGCUCCUCCACCAACUAAUAAUGAGAUUACUGAUGAGAUAUUCAUUCCAAAUAAUGAAACAGUUGAAGAUUGUAACGUUAGCGAAGAUAGUAUGGACAUAUUUAAAUUAUCGGGAGAUGUGGAUAGCAGUCAAGUACAUAUUGAUGAUGAGGAUAAAAUAGAGAUAUCUUUUGAUGAUAUAAAUAGUAUUAAUGGAAGUUUGAAAAAUGAUGUACUGCAUAUGAAAAAUUUCAUAAAGAAGGCUAGUAUCUCCGAUGAAAAAUCAAUGAUGAAGUCACGAAUAGUGCACAAGGUGCCAAAAGAAGUAUAUAGUUGUUUCUUGUGUCCACAUCUAACAAUAUUUUCAUCAGAUGACUUGAAAUUCCACAUGAAUAGAUCACACAACUUGACAGAAGAUUACUCUAAAUUAAUAUCUAUAGUUGCAGUAAAUUCUUUGAUUGAAAAUAAGUAUAUGAAUAAGGUUGAAAUUGUAUUCAUUCUAUCAUGUUUAUGCCAACAUGCAUCAUUUAAUAAAGAAGUACUCACAAUGCCAGUCAUUGAUACAAUUUACAAAGAAAUUAUUGAAAACCCUGAAGGAAAUGAUAUUAAUACAGAAACGAAAUUGUUGAAAAUUUAUAAUUAUCAGUUCAAAUGCCACUGUAAGCAUAAAUUAACAAUACUGUCUAAUGAUGAAGGAAAGAAACAAAAGUUGUACUUUGAUUUUGAAUAAAUGAAAACUCAAAUGUA